CCGCUCCUCAGCCAGCCUCAGACGCUAUGAGCUGGUCCGGGUCGGCGGAGGCUGCGGACUUUGCGAGAGCGGAUGGAGUCGGCGUCCGGGCGUAGCCGAGGGAGAGCGGCCACGAUGUGGCUCAGCGCCCAGUGAGCCCCCGCCCCCUCCCCCCUCCCGUCACCAGGAGCCCCCGAGGCGGGCGGGACAUGAGGCAGAGCGCCCGUGGAGCCGGAGCUGGAGUGGGAGCGGAGCCGGAGCGCAGCCUGAAGUCCCCGGAGCCCGGUGCAGCGAGCCGCCGGCCGCCCGUUCUCAGCAUGCUGAGCGCUCAUAUCCUGCACUCGGACUACAUGCAGCCGGUACCGGCCGCGCCGCUCAGCCCGAUCGAGCUGGAUGCCAAGAAGAGCCCGCUGGCCCUGCUGGCUCAGACCUGCUCGCAGAUCGGAAAGCCCGACCCUCAGCCGUCCGGCAAGCUGGGCUCGGUGGCCCCCAGCGAGAAGGAACCGCCCCGCUCUGUCGGCUCCCUGAAGUUGGGGGAGGCGGGAGCCGAGGACAAGUCCAGCUUCAAGCCCUACUCCAAGGUGGGAGAAGGCACCGAGGGAGGUGCAGACAAGGCUGGGUUCCGGGCGCCGGGCGGCCCUUGCCAGUCCUUCCCGGGCCGGCCGCCCUCCCUGCCAGCCCCCAGCCCCUCAGCACACGUUGACCCCAAGGCUGGGGAGGCGGAGGAGAGGAAUGAGGCUGAGAGCAGAGCGUGCCAGGAACGUUCCCCCGUCAGCACCUCCCACAGCAGAGCCGAGCCCGGCCAGCCUAGGGACACACCCAGUGUGGCUAAAGGGGAGGUCAGCGGAGGGGGCGGUGGCCUGGUGUCCGGCCACGUGGCCCCCGUCUCACCGUACAAGCCAGGACACUCCGUCUACGCUCUGCCCCCCUCCAGCAUGGGUUACCCGGCGUCGAUAGUGGGCACCUACUCCCCAGCCUUCCCCUCUCCGCUGGUGGGCAGUGUGGAGCCCAAGCCGGCCGUGGUGGGGGGCUCACUGACCGGCUGCCCUCCCCUCUCUGCCGGCAAGUCAGCCAACUCCAGUCCACUGACCGGGGCCUCGCCCCCCUCCUUCAUCCAGGGGCUCUGCCGGGACCCCUACUGCCUGAGCUAUCACGGGACCCCCCCGCUCGGAACCACCGGCUGCUCGUCCUGCCUCCCCGACCCCACCUCCCUGAAGGCUGGGUUCCCGCUGGUAUACCCGUCAGCCCCGCUGCCCUCGCCAGUCCUCAGCACUGUCUCCACACCCCCCCUGUACACCUACGGCUUCAUGCUGCACAGCGACCCCCGGCCCCAUGCCUGCAACUGGGUGUCGGCAAGCGGACCCUGCGAGAAACGGUUUGCCACCUCCGAGGAGCUGCUCGGGCACCUGAGGAACCACACCGCCUUGCCCGUAGCCGACAAGCUGUUGGCGCACUACCCCUCACCCGCCCCCUGCGGGCUCCACCUCCCUCAGGGCCCACCCGGGAGCCCCAGUGGGCUGUCGCUGCGUAGCCCACACAGUCUGCCCCUGGGCAGGUACCACCCCUAUGGCAAGAGCCACCUGCCUACGCCCAGCAGUACGGCACUCAGCCUGCCCGUCACCAACCCGUAUUACUCCCCAUACUCCUUCUACGGACAACAGCUGACCUCCGCGUCCACCUUGGGAUACCAGUGAAAACGCGCGUGUCCCGGCGUUUCUGGGAAGGGCAGGGGUUGCCCCUCUUUCUCUGGCCUUAGUCAGGACGGACUCAGCACUCAAACCAGGUAUGUUAGCUCGGGCCGCAGACUGUCCAACGUCACAAUUUCACCACUUCCCUAACGAUGAAUGCAAUGUACAUACCAAACGGUCGGGGGUUUUUUGCGACAAGUUCUCUUAUUUAAAAAUAUUUUUCAUUCUGUUUCCUGUGGGAAGGGCGGGAGUUGAAAUGCAUGUUUUAGUAAUCCCUCAUUCUGUUCUCUUUGGAGAUUUUUCCCUUAUUUUUAACCUGUACAAUGGAGAUGUAAUAUUUUUUUGUAUUGUAUUUCAAAGGGGAUGAUAAAUAUGAUGGCAGGGCUAUCCGAGAUGUGGGACGUCUUAUUUUGUUAUUAAAUGAGAGCCUGAUUAUA